AUGAAGGAGUACGACAUCGAUGGUGAUGGUGUUUUGCGUGGUGAAGAAGUGCGUCGUUGGUUGAUCCCUGAUGUGAAAAUGGUCGCCAAACAGGAAGCCUCACAUCUUAUCAGCGGUGCAGAUAAAAACAAAGAUGGAAAAUUGAGUAUUAGUGAGAUAGUGGAUGCUCAUCAGCUAUUUGUCGGUUCCGAAGCCACUAACUAUGGAGAAGAUCUGCAUAAAAUAUCUCACACUGAACUCUAG